AUGUUAAUAUGCUUGGGAGUAUUUGCGUCUGUUACAGCUCUUUAUGCAUUUUUACCACCAAAAUUAGAAUUGUAUGAUUACGAAACAUUGCAAUUCGAUCGAUCUGUUCCUGAAUACGAAACUGUUCUUACGCCAAGCGAUUUUGAGUUAGGAGCAGAAAUAGCAGAAAACCUACGAUAUAUAAACGAUAAUGGAGAUUCGGAUGCUAUUCGAUCUCUGAUUGCUGCUUCAAUGCAAGAAUAUUCCACUCAUACAUGUAUUCAAUGGGUUCCUAAGACGAAUAACGACAUUAAUUAUGUAUAUAUAUUCCCUGAUCGAGGAUGUUAUUCAAUGGUGGGAAAAAUCGGUGGAAAACAAUCGCUUUCCCUUGGAUCAGGAUGCAUUCAGAAGGGAAUUAUCAUCCAUGAAUUGAUGCAUGCUGUAGGAUUUUUCCACGAACAAAGUCGAACCGACAGAGAUGACUACAUCACCAUUUUGUGGAACAAUAUACAGCCAGGAAUGCAAGGUCAGUUUGAAAAGUACGGUCAAGGUACGAUCCAGUCACUAGGAACAACUUACGACUAUUCAUCGAUUAUGCAUUAUGGUGGAAAGGCAUUUUCACGUAACGGACAGCCUACAAUGGUGCCAAAACAAAAAGGUGCUCAAAUCGGACAACGUGGCGGUUUUUCGAAGACGGAUAUUUACAAAAUAAACAAACUAUAUGGAUGUCCAACUGAUGGAGAGAAGCCUGAAACCACUACAGAGCCUGACACAACGACGACAACAACAGCAACAACGACAAGUACGACAGCAAAACCAACAAUUUCGCCUACAUCUUUCAGAACUAUUAAUCCAAUUCCACCUACAUUGCCGGUGAUCACUCCAGAAUGCAAAAAUUUACGGGGAGAUUGUGACGAUCUUGGAAAACAAGGUUGGUGUGAUCGCAACCCUGGUUGGAUGCGAAUACAUUGCCCGAUCCCAUGUGGAUUCUGCGAGAAGAAAUCAACUGGAACUACAUUGCCCCCACCGCCAAUUAUCACAUUUCCUCCAAAUGAUUGUGAUGAUCUCAGAGUUGAUUGUCUGGUCCUUGUAGCCCAACGGUACUGCAAAAUGUCUCAGAAUUUCAUGAAAACAUAUUGUGCAAAAAGCUGUGGAUUUUGCUUCAAGCCACCACCACUGGAAGUGAGCACAUCAUUACCGCCAACUCUUGUAACUAAUCAACCCUUAAUAACGACGUGGAGGACAACAACGAGUCUACCCGGACAAACCAGCACCACAUCAUUUCCCACGGAAAUACCACCAACACCACAUCCAUGUGUAGAUCAUAAACAUUUCUGUCAACAUUGGAAGACUGCAGAUCUCACUUGUAAUGAAACACUUGGUGUGGAGGAUUCUGAUAGGAAUAAAGAGAGUAUGGUGAGAAGAUAUCCGUCUGCUCCAAGUGCUAAUUCUUCUGCAUUUCGAGCGAACUAUAAUGCGUCUUCGCCAUCAGUGAAGUACACUAUACAAAAGCCAUCACCAAGACCACCAUAUCAGGCUGCAAAUACUGCAUCUCACGUUGUUCAUUCUCCAGGCACUUCGACUAUUACACCUACUGAAGAGGCUCUCCAUGGUCAACUUGCUGCCGCCUCCCAUUCACAGCUCCAGAAUAGCAACGGUGCAAAGCUCUACAAGUCGUCGAGCUCUGAGUAUCCAACUCCGACUGGAAUUUCCCCAUCGCAGCUUCAUAUCAUCGCUGGGUCAACGUUGCUUCGGAACGCCGUUGCUGCUGCAGGUUAUCGCGAAGAGCGCCCAGGUUCAAACAGCGGCGCAACAUCUAACUAUGCCGCUCAACUACAGACAAAUGCUAUGCAAGCGAACAUCUAUAGCACCAUCAAUAGCAUGAGGUUACAACAACAACAUCAUGCUCCUACAAACACCAGCAAAUCUCCUAGCGCAGUUGCACUUGCAGCAGUGCAAGCUGCAGCAGCUGCACGAUCACCUAUAGAUCCAUUGAGACAUGGAGCAUAUCACGCGCAAAUCAUGUACAAGAACCUUGUACCGCAAGUACCACAACCAACAGUAAUACCUCGUCCCACUGUCACAGCGUCUCCUCACGUGGUAAAUAGGUAUUCCUCACAGAAUGGAGUCAAGCAAUCAUCCAGUCCUACAAUCGUACGGGCCCAAACAACCCCCCAUUAUGUUGUUCCCCAUCAGACAGUGGGAUCACCAAGUCGUUUGGCAGGCGGAACCCACGGAUCGUAUCACCUCCAAGCUCCUCCUAUGGCAAAUGUCAUACCUGGUUCACCUGGUCCUCCAGCACAAAUACAACAACUUAUAUCUACUCCUUCCCCUCGUCCAAGUAUACUUCGGAAGCGAGGAGAUGGAACGGGGACUCCAGUGGCAGCGAAGCGAAGAUUGCCUUUCAUGGACGAGACGCCGGCCUCCCCAAGCAGUUCGUCACAACCGACAGCGCCGACAUAUAAUGCCGGACCUACUCCACCAGCAUUCCAGCCAUCGAAGGAGAGUGUCAAUGGGACACCAGAAGAGAGUCCGAGAAAGAGGAUGAGAAAACAGCAAUUUGAAACAGAUGCAAUUCCUGAACAGAUUAAGAUGGCGAUCAAUGUGAUGCAACCCAUUGCUGGUGGAUCAGGCGCGUGGAAGUUCGCGGGCCAUCCAGGUUUCAUCACACCUGGAGUAGUGGAGAAGAAGAAGCGUGGUCGGCCUCGCACAAACUCAAGGCCUGCUACAGCAUUGCCUCUUGAAUUGCAUCAAAGUGUUAGCGUGUUUGUGGAUAUCGAUAGCCCAGAGGAGAAAAUCAAUCCAUCUUCUGUAUCGGAGUCUGCAAUUCGUGGUUCAACCGCGAGUGUGCCUCCAGUGCAUAUUGAAGUUCCUAAUACAAAAUCUCAAGUGAAAGUGAAAACGGAAGAGGAUGGGGAGGAAAUUAAAGCGGAAAAUACUGAGCAUCAUGACACAUCUGAUGAGGAAGAUGUCACAACUCCGAAACCUUCGCAUCGGAAGAAGGCGAAACUGAACAAAUCGUCCAAAGGUAUUAGAAGCUCGUGGAGGCAGCGCCCUAUCAGGACUAAUAUUGAAGCGGCGUCGAGAAGUUACCUCUCCGCUGAGGAACAGCAAGCUGAGGAUGUAGCCGGUUUUCUAGCAGAUUGCUUGGAAGAGAGCAAGAAGGAGCAUCGGAUUAGGCAGCGGAUAAGGGAACUUGAUCCGACCCCGUCAGGAUCGAAAACGUUUUUCGAUAUGGUGCCUCGUAAUCGAUUCGCGUGUCCAAAAGCAUCAACACAUCCGUUAUCUAUCCAGACAUGGAGGCCCUCGAAGGAUAAUGAUCUUCUUGUUAAUCACUUCAACACUUACGAAGAGUUCGAAUCCACGUAUGAGAAGUAUCGUAAGCUCAAGCACCUUCAACGGCAAGAGGCUAGGUUUAAUUCUAGCAUUCAUAUCAGAGAGGCUGCAGAGCGCUGUGUCGAGUAUUGCGAAAGGAAUGUCAACAGCUUUUGCGCAUCUCUUGGAUUUCAACUUUCAUCACCAAACAGUGCUAUGGCAAAAGAAGACCUCAUUUUUUUGAUGGAAAAUGUGCUGAAAGAGAGGCUGCAGGUUUCUGAGGGGUUUGCUUCUGCUGGAACGAGCUUAUGUCAUGUUGGCGAUACUUCACGUUUACCUCUUGUAUCCUGUAUUGAAGGGAAGGAUGAGAGCCUAUCAUCGAGUGCUACUUUAGCUGCAUUAGAAGGAUGCAGUGGUUCUGAUACAGAUGAAAUUUCGGACAGAAGUGAUUCCAAAGAUAUCGAACAGCUUGUUGACGAAAUGGUUUUCUUCAUUACUCGAGAAGAUGCAGAUAGUGUGUUUGAUGCCUUUGUGGAUCGAACUUUCACUCGAGAAGUAACUGGGCGACCGGUAAAAGCUCAAUGUGGUCAGAAAGCAACCAACGGAAUCUUGUCCUCAAGGCGUUCGCGAGCACGAUUACUGCAAUCGGACUCUUUCACUUCGAUUCUGAAAAAUGUGAAGUCAUUCCUAAACGAGUCUCAUGAACUAUUUGAUAACGUGUUUUCAAUGGGUUCGGCGUAUCAAAGCAGGAGCUGGUGGAAUAUCGUCACAUCAAAACGUUCGAAAAGAAAACCUGCAAGAUUAAGCUGUAGGAAAAUGUCGUCCUGUCUGGAGUUACCUAAGUCCAGUGAAACUUCAUCUUCUUUGCGUGAAGAUCGAUCUCGCACGGUUUCAGAAGAAACAGUUGCUGAGUUGAACUUGUGUUCGCUUAGAGAUGAACUAGCUGUUAGGCUACAUCACAUGAAUUUGCAAGUGAACGAGCAGAUCCGUUUCGAGGAGAAAUUACUGGAAAUAUUCGACCGGUUUUUUGAAUCAUACAAUCCAAAGGAUCACUGGAAGGCAAUGCUUGAUAUGGAGCGCGAUUGCGAAGACGGAGACUCUGAAGGAAUAGUUCACAAAAAGAGAAUUGAAAGGCUUCGAUAUGUGCUCAUGUUGCCACCAGGUAAAUUGGCACCGGAAAAGAAGCCAGAUUUCGGAGACCACUGCGGAACUGUAAUCAGUUGUCCGGAUGAAGUAGAGAUGAACAGAUAUAUGCUGGGUAUCUCACCUUUUUGGAGAGGCCCUAUGGUUAAAAAUAAUACAAAUGCGUUUUAUUUGACUCGAACGGGUAGAAGAAUGCAUGACAGAGAUGAAUCUUACUCUCCACUUGAUGAGAAUCAGAAAGAGUACUACCUCGAGGAUCUAGUCGACUACCGGGAAUCAACGAGAUUACGGAAGGAUUACUCUACUAUGGAACGGAUUUGGUCACAAUUAGAGAAUCUUGAAAUAUCCCCGAAAGAACCUGUUGUGAAGAAGGGUCCUGAAAGAAGUAAUUGGAUGUCCAGACGUAAGCUGGCACGGUUUGCAAAUGAAGACGUGGUUUGUCUUGGAUCAAUUCAGAAGGAUGUACUAAAAAUUCCAGAAUGCGUUAACGCUACAAGCUAUUCGGAGGAAGCUAGUGAAUUCCUCAGUAAGGGUGCAUCUACUCGAGAAAUUCUGGCCACCGCUUUCAAAGCAAUCCGACAAACUACACUGAUGAUGAUCCAGACGAGAAAUGCCAUACUCGAGCUCGUUCAUAACGUGGUAGAAGACGGCGACGAAGAGGAAGAUGACGAUCAUGAUGAGUCAGUAGAUGAUGAGGAAGAAUUUUCGCGUCAAAUGGAGCAAGCUGUUCAGGAUUCGUAUCAAGAACUUCAGUCAACUAGCAAGGCUUAG